AUGCGUAACCCACCUCUUGAGGUGGUGGCUACAUGGCCAAAGCCCAACUAUGAUAAUCCAGAGCAUCGUGGGCCUGCUCUGCUCAUCGUCGAGGUCACCAUCAUGUCCGUUGCCAUCCUCACCCUCAUGGCUCGUCUCUAUGUCCGGAUAUUCAAAGUCAACAAGCAUGGCCUCGACGACUGGCUUAUGCUGGCUGCCAUGAUCUUCGGAAUUGGAGUCACUGUUUGUGUCAUUCUCGCAGCCCAGCUGUACGGCUGGAACAUCCACGUUUGGGAUCUCAGAAAAUCACAAGCAGAAACAGGCAGAAAGGUUUCUCUUGCUGCUCAAACACUGUUUCUGUUCUCGUCAGGUCUGGCCAAAAACUCGAUCCUGGUCUCUUACCUGCGCAUUGCCCCUGCUCGUUCCUGGCUUCGGCGUUUGACCUUUGUCUCAAUUGGCAUUGUGACCUCCCUAAUCUUUAUCUUCCUGAUCGUACUAUGGACACAAUGUCGACCUGUCUCUGCAUACUGGAGUUUGACAGGAGGUGACAGCUGCGUCCCUGAAGGCCCUGGAGUCCUGAGCCAAGCAAUCACCACAGUCCUGACCGAUCUCCUUGUCUGUGCUUUGCCCUUGCAAACACUCUUUCAACUCAAACUUCCUCUGUCGCAACGCAUCGCUCUUAUCGUUGUCUUCUCCCUCGGUCUGGUCGUUGUCUUUGCGGCCUCCAUGCGCGCAUACUAUACCCACUAUGUUACCGACGAAACUUACGAUGUCACCUGGGAGGGUUUCCACCUUUGGAUCUGGACCGCUGUCGAAGCGAAUUUGGGAGUUAUCUGCGGAAGUGUACCGGCCCUCCGACCCCUGUUCAGAAAUAUGUUUCGAUCCAAGAGCAGCAGCUAUUACAACAACACCCAGUCUCACGCUUAUCCUCCCGGCACAGCCCCGGGAGUCGUUACUGUCGUCACUGGACCUAAGAAGAAUGGCCGAAACUGGAGUAACAGUCUCCAAAGAGGGUCGAAAGGAGUCAGGUUGGAAGACGAAGAUGCCGAUAUCGAAGGAAAUUAUAAUGAUGCGGCACGACAAAAGAGCACGGAUAGCAGAUUAUCGUCGCUCGAGUUGGUGACAUGGCCGCAGAGACCACAAGUUACCUCUUGGCCUUCCAGAGGAUGA